AUGCUAGAGACGUGCUGGGAAGCGUUUGAGCGUGCUGGUUAUACCAGUGAACAACUGCGUGGCAGCCAGACCGGAGUAUUUAUUGGGAUCAGCAACAUUCCGGCAUAUCAAAGUGAUUGCGCAAGCAACAGACAGCUGGAAGAUCUUGACGGAUAUGCAGGGACAGGGUCAGCUUCCGCGACCAUGUCUGGGCGUGUUUCGUACACAUUUGGACUCGAAGGCCCGAGCAUGACGGUGGAUACAGCUUGCUCGUCUUCGUUGGUAACGACACAUUUGGCGUGUACAGCUUUACGUCAAGGCGAGUGCGACAUGGCGGUAUCUGGUGGGAUUAGUUUGAUGCUAUCACCAGGGGUGCAUGUCGAAUUUAGUCGGCUCAGGGGAAUGGCGGCAGAUGGACGAUGUCGAGCGUUCGCGGCUGACAGUGAGGGCACGGGAUGGGGUGAGGGUUCUGUAGUAGUGGUGCUCAAGCGGUUGUCAGAUGCACAGCGUGAUAACGAUAAAGUGUUGGCGGUGGUGCGUGGCUCGGCGAUCAACCAUGGCGGACGGGGCAGCGCUAGCCUCACGUCGCCUAGCGGAGCAGCACAGAAACGGCUCAUUCGGACUGCACUGGCAGCAUCGAGACUACAGGCGAGCGAUAUCGAUUACAUCGAAGCCCAUGGUACUGGAACUAAGCUCGGAGACCCCAUCGAAGGCGUGGCCCUCGCAGAAGUAUUUAAAGAUGGUAGCCGCGAAGAGCCAUUAUGGAUCGGGUCUGCGAAGUCUAACAUUGGCCAUAGCCAAGCAGCCGCAGGUCUUGUUGGGAUACUAAAGGUGGUGUUGGCAAUGCAGCACAAGAUGCUACCACGGACCUUGCACGUGGCGAAUAAGCCGACGCCAGCAGUGGAGUGGGAGAAGGCAAACAUGGCGUUGGUGCAGGAGAACCGACCGUGGCGGCGACAGACAGCGCGGCGAAGGGCAGGUGUUAGCGCAUUUGGUAUAAGUGGCACCAAUGCCCAUGUCAUUCUUGAGGAGUGGCCAUCGCCAACAGCGGAUGCGAUCAACCAUCAUCAUGCCCAUACAAAUGGUAAUGAUAUUGCCACGCCUCCUUUCGCUCCGUUGCUGCUAUCAGGCCACAACGAUGCGUCGUUGCGAGCACAAGCCGAAAAGCUGUUAUUACACUUGAGUAGUAGCAGCAUGGCUGAUUAUUCUCUCCAUGACGUGGCUUACUCACUGGCAACUACACGCACCCAUUUUCGAAAGCGAAAGGUGCUGGUAGCGCACGAUAAGAGGCAGCUGAUAGACCAGCUAGCAUCCAUUUCCGUUACGGCAUCCACCAAAUCAGGGACAGAGGACAAGGCGCAACCAGCAAGAUAUAACCUGGCCAUGUUGUUUUCUGGCCAGGGUAGCCAAUUUCCGAAUAUGGGCAAAGACCUUGCAAAACAAUUCCCCAUCUUCCGCGAGGCGUUAGAGGAGAUCACUGCUCACUUUAGCGGAGAGUUAGAGCCGCCCCUGUUGGAUGUCAUGUGGACUGCUUCUAAUAAUGAUGGCGACAAAAAGAACAACACGCUGCUGCAAAGAACCGACUACGCCCAACCCGCCCUCUUUGCGUUAGAGGUGGCCCUGUGGCGACUGUGGACUAGCUGGGCUGUGAAGCCCGACGUGCUGCUAGGCCACAGCAUUGGUGAACUGGCUGUAGCUCACAUCGCCGGCGUUUUUAAUCUAGCCGAUGCCUGCCGUCUAGUCGCCGCUCGUGGCCGUUUGAUGCAGGCUGUAACAACUAUCGGGGGCAUGAUGUCACUGGAAGCCAGUGCUGCUGAAGUAGCAGCAGCCAUUAAAACUUUACACCUUGGUAAAAAGGUCGAUAUUGCCUGUCACAACGCACCCACACAAACCGUUGCCUCUGGUGAUGGAGAUGCCCUCGAAGGAUUACGAGCUCACUUUGCCUCCCAGGGCCGCAAAUGCCAUUCUCUGAGCGUCUCCCAUGCCUUUCAUUCCCACCAUAUGGAUGAUAUACUGGCUGACUUUUAUGCCAUGGCAGACUCAAUUCACUUCCAUCCCCCUACUAUCCCCAUCGUGAGCAGUUUGACUGGCCAAACAGUUGCUCCUGGCCAACUAGAGCUACCUGCAUACUGGGUCCAGCAGGUACGCAACGCUGUCCUUUUCAGCGACGGAAUCAAAACCCUCCUGAUGGACCACGAUAUCAAUAUCUUCUUGGAGCUAGGACCGCAAUCAGUGUUAUGCGGUAUGGGUGCCGCGUGUCUCCAAGAUAUUCGUGAUUCCACCAAUGCACCUACUUGGUUGGCGUCAGUUACUCGGAACAAGGAUGCUGCCUUCGUUAUCCAAAAGAGUCUCGCCGAACUGCACAUACGCCACGUAUCCAUUAAUUGGUCUGCUUAUUUCAAAUCCUUUGACUGCAAACGUGUAGACCUGCCGACCUACGCCUUCCAGCGGGAGCCUGUGCACCCAGACCUCAACAUCAGUCAUACUCAUUCCCUUCAGGCGACUGCCGCCACUGCCGCCACUGCUAUUAAUCAAGCAAGUCCGCCAAAUGAGUUCCGCAGCGCCUUGAUCAUGGCUACUCCGAACCAGCAACCCCAAAUCGUACUGGCCAUGGUCCGAGAAAAUGUGGCCAGGGUAUUAGAGCAUAUGUCGCCCGAUGCUGUCGAAAUUGACCUCCCCUUGCAAGACAUUGGAAUCGAUUCACUGAAUGCAAUACUGGUGCGAAACCGACUCAACGCCCAGACUGGCCUUAGUUUACCCGCUAUGGUAGCAUUCCGUCACCCAAACCUGAGAUCUUUCAGCCAGUCCCUUUUAUACCAGAUUUUACAGGAGACCUCGACAAAUACAACAUCUAUUACCCCGACAUCUACCAUAUCGACACCUUCCACGACAGUACCUUCAUCAUCAUCGUCGUCUCCAUCUAUAGCGGCACAGUUAGUCAAUGAUGACUCUACGCCGUUACAGCACUCCAAAAUGCGUUCUAUCUUGCCCCUUCAUCGCGUCCUCUCUCCUUCAUUGAGCUUGAAUCCCCCAAACACUCCUCUGCACCUUUUCUCAUCUGCCAUGAGCUACUUCAGCAAUUUUGAUUGGUGUUCGCGCCUCAUUUACGACUCCUCGCCUGUCGCCUCCUGUAGUCUUUUGCCCGGCUACGGGCAGGCUAUUCCCUUCAUCCCACAGUGUUUCAAUCCUGCUAGUCCGCGGCACGAUCAAUUCAUUGGAAGCUGCCUUUCAAGGAACAACAAGACCAUCGGAGAGAGCACUUCGGGGUACCAGGGAGUUCUGCACGGUGGUCUUACUGCUACCCUCCUUGAUGAGAGCCUCAGCAUUGUUCAUGAGAUCAAUACCGCUCUAGGAAAAAUGGGUUACGUCUUCGCCGCCAUUAAUGUCACGGCAUCUCUCAACAUUAGCUUCAUGGCCCCAAUAGCCACGACAGAAUCGAUCGUAUGUGUGACGGCGUGGAUAGAAGAGAUACAAGGGCGUAACACAAUUAUGAAAGCAGAGCUCACAAAUUCCGCAGGGGACAAGCUUGUUGAAGCGGAGAGCGUAUUCAUCGCCGUUCAAUAG